GAAGGGUCUCGACUCCAUGAAUAUGAAAUUUCCUGAUUAAAUAAUCAAUAAUCUGCCGUGAGGAGGGGAUAACGGGAAAAGCAACCGCGUAUAAAAUGUUCCAAGGUAUUAUUUCGUCGUGAUUGUUUCCGUGCACUUUGAAAACAAUUCUGAAACGUAAUAACAGGAGUUGUAAAUGAAAAUUUCUAGUGAAGACGCGUUCCUAACCUAACACGUUCAUUCCUUAUUGUAACAUGUGUUUUUAAUCGUAGCACAUGAAGACAGAUGAAAUGGCUUAGAAGGUAUCUAUAAAAUGAGGUAUAUAUAUAAAAUUAAGUAAUUAUAUUAAUCAUUUGUUACCAGGGGAAGGAGAAGUGUCAUGAUAUAGAGUGACAAUGACGGUUCAUCAAGGGAACAGAAAUAACCAUUCGGCUCGGUAUAUCGAAUCGAGCCCACAGGAGUCAAAGUACCCUUGUCCAGCUUUUAGGAACGAUUCGUUUAGCUGGGAUCGACACAGCGGUGCUACUUCUGUUUCCUGGCCUGAGGAGUUAGAGGAAGUUGCUACGCAAAGGAUUACGAGACACUGGGAAGCUAUCGACAGGAGUUUGUUCGAUGAAGCGGAUCAGGUUCUGCCUGGACCGAUCUUAGAUGAGUGCAUUCAAUGGAGAAGUCAGCUUCCGCACUUAAGGGUCGUUGGCAGGAAUCCUGCGUAUCGAGCUAACGAGAAGGUUGGCGAUUUAAAUACAGAUGUUAAACGGAAGAACUCUAGCAAGGAGAGACUAGAGAAUGAGGAGAUAAUCAUCGAGGAUUCCCCGGAGCUGGAGGAAUUGCACUCUAGUUUAACCGAUGAUCAACGAGAGAGAGCCAAGGAAGAGAUUUUUGACUUAAUUUUGAGAUUCUUAUAUGCUGAAGUACUGAUCACGCAGAAGGACGAGGAUUCUUUGAACGAGGAUCUCGAUUCGGUUUUACGGAUAACUCCAGCACCCACGUGUAAUGGUAAAGGAAGUGGAAGAGGCCGGAAGAUCAUUCAGAAAGAUGGUGUUAAAAAUGUUAAGAACAUUCGGGAUGUAAAAGACUCGAGUAAAGUAUUUAAGCAAGCAUCUGUUGGAGAGGAAGAUGUAUCGCCUCUAAGUGAAAAUGUGUUGUCUGUUUCGGCACGAAGCCAAAAGGACGGAGUAGAGCUUGAAAAAAAGAGAUUAUACACUCCCCAAUUCGGGAGAAAUAAAUUGGGAACUGUGUUCAACGAAAGAAUCAUCGUCAGCCCAGUGCCUUUUGUUGUUAGCACCAGAGAAAGCUUUUCAACGUUAAAAACCAUGCCAAUUCAAUUUAUGGGACAAUCUGCAGACGUUUCGAAAGCUCCAAGGUCAAGUAGAUAUGGGAAUUCAGGAUUCAAAACUACAUCGGCAAGGAAAUUAUCUUUGUCACAAAUUCCUCAUUCUGCGUGGCAUGCUCCAGUUUGCCCAACGGUCUGGCCAAAAAAUGUGAAGCUUGCACCGAUUGACAUUUCUAGAUUCUCAAAUAGUAAAAGCAGUCUCCCUGAAUUCAUUUCAGAUCUUUAACAACGGCACCAGCUGUACCACUGCGGAGUCGAAAUUCUUUGAGUCCUAUUUCUCGAACAAUUGUACCGAGCUCGAUAAUUCCUAAACAGGAAAACAGUGACAAUACUUUAGAAGUUCAUGGAAG